AGACCUGCCAGGAGUCUGCCGCCACCCCCAAAGGAUGUGGAAGACGCUGUGGGGGCCCGAAGUGCCUGGGGAAAGAUGCCAGCCAGCAAAGUGCAAUAGCAGACAUGGUGGUCAGGCUGCCAUGUCCUCUGGAGGUGCCGGGAGAGAAGGGGAGUCUGGUCCACGCUGACUGGAGCCCUCCCUGGCUGGCUUUGAACUCACCUCCCACGGGAUAUUUCCGUAAAUGAGUGGCUUCUAGGGUCAGAGUGGCAUUUGGAGAGUGAGGCCAGAUUGGCUUAGGCUGGCCUGGGCAGGGAGUACCGCUUUCUGGGCUAGAGACAAGCCCCGGCCUGCAGUGGGAAGCUCGAGGCCCAGCCGCCUGGAGAAGCAGCCCAGGCCUGGGAGGACUGGCCGGGGAAGGUGCCCAGUCUUCCCGCUCCUCGGUGCCUGAGAGCUCUGCGCACUGAAGGGUGAGGAGUCCGGAGGAAGAGGCGGCAAGGAAGGCGGCCCGGAGGCACUAUGUUCCGCAAGAAAAAGAAGAAACGCCCUGAGAUCUCGGCCCCACAGAACUUCCAGCACCGCGUUCACACCUCCUUCGACCCCAAGGAAGGCAAGUUCGUGGGCCUGCCCCCGCAAUGGCAGAACAUUCUGGACACACUGAGGAGACCGAAGCCCGUGGUGGACCCUUCCCACAUCACGCGGGUGCAGCUGCAGCCCAUGAAGACAGUGGUGCGGGGCAGCUCCGUGCCCUCGGACGGCUACAUCUCCGGGCUUCUCAGCGAUAUCCAGAAGUUGUCGGUCAUCAGCUCCAACACCCUGCGUGGCCGCAGUCCUACCAGCCGGCGGCGGGCACAGUCCCUGGGGCUGCUGGGGGAUGAGCACUGGGCCACUGACCCGGACAUGUACCUGCAGAGCCCCCAGUCUGAGCACACUGACCCCCACGGCCUCUACCUCAGCUGCAACGGGGGCACACCAGCAGGCCGCAGGCAGACGCCGUGGCCCGAGCCGCAGAGCCCACGGGUCCUGCCCAAUGGGCUGGCCACCAAGGCACAGUCCCUGGGCCCCGCCGAGUUCCAGGGUGCCACACAGCGCUGCCUGCAGCUUGGCGCCUGUCUGCAGAGUUCCCCGCCUGGCACCUCACCCCCCACAGCCACCGGUAGGCGUGGGGCCAAGGCUGCCAGGCAUGGCUCGGAGGAGGCCCGGCCACAGUCCUGCCUGGUGGGCUCCGCUGCAGGCAGGCCGGGCGGGGAGGGCAGCCCCAGCCCUAAGACCCAGGAGAACAGCCUCAAGCGCAGGCUGUUCCGAAGCAUGUUCCUGUCCACUCCUGCCACGGCCCCUCCGAGCAGCAAGCCAGGCCCUCCACUGCAAAGCAAGCCCAGCUCCUCUUUCCGACCGCCACAGAAAGGCUCCCCCACAAGCCUGGUGGCCAAGGCCCAGUCCUUGCCUUCAGACCAGCCCGUGGGGAUCUUCAGCCCUCUGACCACCUCAGAUACCAGCAGCCCCCAGAAGUCCCUCCGCACAGCCCCAGCCACUGGGCCACCUCCAGGCCGGUCUUCCCCAGCGGGCUCCCCCCGCACCCGGCAUGCCCAGAUCAGCACCAGCAACCUGUACCUGCCCCAUGACCCCACGGUGGCCAAGGGUGCCCUGGCUGGCGAGGACACAGGUGUUGUGACCCACGAGCAGUUCAAGGCUGCGCUCAGGAUGGUGGUGGACCAGGGCGACCCCCGGCUGCUGCUGGACAGCUACGUGAAGAUUGGCGAGGGCUCCACAGGCAUCGUCUGCCUGGCCCGGGAGAAGCACUCGGGCCGCCAGGUGGCCGUCAAGAUGAUGGACCUCAGGAAGCAGCAGCGCAGGGAGCUGCUCUUUAAUGAGGUGGUGAUCAUGCGGGACUACCAGCACGUCAACGUGGUGGAGAUGUACAAGAGCUACCUGGUGGGUGAGGAGCUGUGGGUGCUUAUGGAGUUCCUGCAGGGCGGGGCCCUCACCGACAUCGUCUCCCAAGUCAGGCUGAACGAGGAGCAGAUCGCCACAGUGUGUGAGGCCGUGCUGCAGGCCCUGGCUUACCUGCAUGCCCAGGGUGUCAUCCACCGGGACAUCAAGAGUGACUCCAUCCUGCUGACCCUCGAUGGCAGAGUGAAACUCUCCGACUUCGGAUUUUGUGCUCAGAUCAGCAAAGAUGUCCCUAAGAGGAAGUCCCUGGUGGGAACCCCCUACUGGAUGGCUCCUGAAGUGAUCUCCAGGUCUUUGUAUGCGACCGAGGUGGAUAUCUGGUCUCUGGGCAUCAUGGUGAUUGAGAUGGUGGACGGGGAGCCACCGUACUUCAGCGACUCACCAGUGCAAGCCAUGAAGAGGCUCCGGGACAGCCCUCCACCCAAGCUGAAAAACUCUCACAAGGUGUCCCCCGUGCUGCGAGACUUCCUGGAACGGAUGCUGGUACGCGACCCCCAGGAGAGGGCCACCGCCCAGGAGCUCCUGGACCACCCCUUCCUGCUGCAGACGGGGCUGCCCGAGUGCCUGGUGCCCCUGAUCCAGCUCUACCGCAAGCAGACCUCUGCCUGCUGAGCCCACCCACAGAGUGCGCCUGCCGCCUGCACCCACAGGCAGGGGACAGUGGGCAGCCAGCCUGCCAGCAGGGCCUGCCUGCCUCAUUCUCUCAGUAUUCUCUCCAAAGAUUGAAUGUGAAGUCCCAUCCCCGCCCUCCUGCCCUUCAGCCCACUGGGCCAGGCCGGACCUGCCCUCUCGGUCUCUCUCCCUCCCCAGUGAGUCCCCAGUUGCCUUUGGGAUGAUGAAGACCCUUCUGCAGGAUGCCCCUUUGUUAUUUGCACAGGGAUAUUUCUAAGAAAUGCAGAGACCAGCCCUCCUGGCCACUGCAGCCAACACAGCAGAAAAGGCUGCUGUGAUUUUUAAAGGUAGUUGUACACUAGCAUCCCAGGCCUCCCAAGAGGGCAGCCUGCCUGUCUUCACCAGGAUACGUGCUGUUCUCAGCUCCAAUUCCAAACCCUGGGGUCUUGAGAGGGCCACAGGGAAGGGUUUUAACACCUGAAUCCAUCUUCCGCCCUUGUGUCUGACUUCCUGAAGGCAGGGUCCCACCCACACCUGCUUCCCGACCCACCUGGGCUGACAACACUCUCCCUGCACAGCCUGCCGGAACGGUGAACAGCCCGCUCGUAGGCCAUGGGAGGGGGAGGGGCACUUUCUGGGUGAAAGAGAAAGAAUGGGGUGGGUGGUAGAGGUGGUCUCCCUUUCUAGGAUGUGUGGAUGUGUGUGUGUGUCUGUGUGUGUGUGUGCGCGCGCGUAUGUGUAAGUGGAGGAAGGUCACCCCGACAGCCUGGCUCCCUUCAGGUCACCCACAGGCAGCUUCAGGAAGCCUUUCCCAUCCUCCCUCCCACUAAGUCCUGCUCUGAGGGGACCUGCUUUCUCGGCCUGGCUUCCCACCUCUUAAGUCCUGUGUUUCUACCUGACCGUGAAGAGGUCCGUAUUGAGUCUCGUACCUCCUGCAGGCUUGGCAGCUUUCCGAGUUUCUCCUGCACUGUGCAGUCUGAGAGCCAGAGACCAGAAUGGUGAGGGAACAAACUUUGUUUUACCUGUGGGUGUCAUCUCAAUAACCUGGUCAUCAGGGACCCGUUCUUUUCAAAAUCCAGGUCUGGGGGAGGUGACCCAGCUGCCAGGGUUCCAUCACAUCAAGAGAAUGGGCACCCCAUUUGUGCAAACCAUCUGCCCCCACCGCCUCCUCAGACACCUGGCUCCUUGUCCUCCUUCCCUCCCACCUUCAGGGCUGUGGUGAGGCAGGGAACCCCAGGGAGGAACUACAGGUGCCCAGACCCUCUCUAGAUAAUAUUUUUAGAUUCCUCUGCUCCCUGGUGGCCUGCUUUGGGGCAAAAAAAAAUUUGCCAGGACUUUUUUUAAGGGUCAGAGUUUUAAAAACAAAAGCAUCUUCCCUAGAAACUUUUGUGAAUUGUUUGCACUUGUGCCUGUUUUAAAUUAAACUGAGUGUUCAAAACC